AUGGCUUUCGUAUACCCCCAAGACGAUGAUGACACUGAUCCUGUGUUAAAGUUACUCGACCUGCAUUGCCCAGAUCCAAAGGGUGAUAAGAACAAGAGUCGAGGAGACGAACACGGCAAUGGCCAAGGUGGUCCAGCAGACUUGGGCUCAUCGCGCCCACCAGUGGGUUACCAUCGCCCAUGUGUGUUGCCCAUCAGUCCCUGGCCCCAUCAGCGCAUAGAUCUCAUCACUCCCUACUAUGGACGAAGCGUCGACUCCAAUAAUCUCAGCAGCCUUGGCCCCAUGAGCACUUACCCAGGUUUUUCUGACGGCCACAAGACACACACCUCCUUUUCAUUACAGGAGACGCCAUUGCACGAUGCACCAUAUGAUGAACCUAUAAAUGAUCCAUCCCAAUAUGGAAACUUCCCCUGGAUAUCCUGGAUCGCAAAGCAACCGCAUUCUCCAAGUCUACUUGAAGCUUAUCAAGCUUACCAUCAACCUAAAGGCCUUCGGCCUUUCCCUCGGGCUGACCCGGCCAAUGACCAGAGUAGAAGAACCAGUGGUCAAGAGGGAAGCAGCGAUGAUUGUCAGAUCAGACAUGUUAGUGGUCGUCAAAGAAGACGCAAGAAGCGCCUAGCCGACGGCAUGACCAAAGAGAACCCCAUACUCAUUGAAGACGACUUGACAAUUGGCUUGGCGAUCGAGCCCAUCGAUUCUCGCGCCAGCUCCUGCACCCUUGACUUUGAGCAUGGUCCACCGCGUCCUCCUGUCAACAACUUGAGUGACCGUGCUUCAUUCGUUGCAAGUCCCUUCACCAAGUCUCCAGGCCCCCCAAGAGUCGAGCUCCUUCCCCUAGGGAGUAUGCCGCGUCCUCCACGAUUCGGAUCCUCAACGGGGAGUGUCAGACAGACAAUUGAGGAGAUUGAGCAUUACAUUCGCCAAGACGAGAUGCACCGUCGCUAUCUCAAGCACACGUUGGAGGAUAUUACUCGGGAAGUGAUGGAGAUGCAAUCCUACCUCGGUGAGCGCAAUCACUAG